AUGUGGUUGCUUAGUGCAGAUGCUAAGCAAGGAAAGCAAUCUGAAGAAGUUUUUAAUAGCUCUCAGACUAGGAUUGUCUUGGCAAAGCCCAAAUUAGGAGGUUUUGGUGCAUCUGGAUUUGCCUCAAGUUCAAAUAAGGGUAGUAAUACAUUAGCAUCAGUAUUACGCCCGCCUCAGUUGAAAACAAAUAGUAACCCUUUUGCUAAAGUUACUUCUGAAGAACCAAAUUUAGAAACUGAGAAAAAAUUAGAAGCAAAGCCUGAUGAUAGAUUACAAGAGUCCAAAGAAGAUGUUGAAACACCAAAAUUUGUACCCCUUGGCUCUGCAAAUGUUACUAGAACAACUUCUUCAGUACCCACCCCUGCCACUACCACACCAAGCACAUCAUCAGCAGGAUUUGUUUUUGGCCAGAAUUUAAGCGAAAGGGUUGUUAUGAAAGAGGCAUUGAACAAUGGAGAAAAAAGUGAUGGUGAUCAUAGUUCUUCGAAUGGCACAAAUGAUUUAUUAUUUACGAGUGCUGCUGCUACUGUUAAAGAAAAUCAUCAGGAGGACCCUGGACCUUGUGAAUCUCGAAGUGACAGCUUGGCAGAGGCGGCGGCGGAGUAUGAGCGUUCCCAUGCUCGACCUCCACCGGCUACUUCGAAUUGCACAGUGACAGGAGAAGAGGAUGAAACUAAUGUUUUACAGAUAUCAUGCCGGUUGUUCGCGUGGGAGGCGGGUAGUUGGAGGGAACGCGGUCGAGGGGUGUUGCGGCUUAACGACACCUCUUGCGGUGGCGCUCGCGUCGUGGCCCGCGUGGCUGGCUCACUUCGUGUUGUGCUAAAUACUAAGCUGUGGCCUGACAUGGUAGUGGAGCGGGCAGGCACCAAGUCCCUGAGGAUAACGGCAGCCGAUGCUCAACUUCAAAUUAAACUGUUCCUUAUCAUGGGAGCACCAGAUGAUAUUGCACAGUUACAUCGAGCGCUUCAGAUUCGAGUAGCAAGAAGUAAAAGUAUAUCAAUUAGUAAAGACCCAGAACACGCACACGUAGAAGACGAAGGCAAAUCAGUCGACGUAGACGAUUUCGGACCAGACGACGUCAAUGAGAUUGAAGAUAUUGAAACCAUCGAGGGCGACAAGGAUAGCGAUAGGCUCGAAGCUAAUUCCGAACAAAAGACUGAAACUGACGAAUUUGACAAUGAAAGUAAUGAAGAAAAGGAAUUGAAGGCUCUGAAAAGGAAAGAACCAGCCGAAGACACGACGUCCCCAAAAAGACAAUGCCCAGACGUGCAGUUACAGUGA